GUGGGCUAUUUCGAGUUGGGCGCCAAUGCACGAGCAAGCGCGUGGGCCGUCGCUCUCGGCGCCGCACGCACCGUCGCUCGAGACGCUUGCGGCGUCCAUUCCGCUCACGUGGCGUCGCAUCUUGCUUGCGCUGCUCUCCUACGGGCUGUUCUUCACCGACAUUCCGCGCAGCGGGUACGGCUUUGCCACGCUGCCCGCAGAUACGUUCAACCGGAUUCAAGAGUCGGUCUAUUCGUACUGGGGACCGUACAACUACCCUGUCAUGCGCAUCAACCGCACGCGCAGCGGUGCGUUUACGGGCGCGAUCGGUGUCAAGCCAGCGGCCGUUGCUACCGUGUGGAGCUACCGGUCCGAUACGUGCUCUGUCGGCCUGCGUGCGCUUGUUCAACAUUACGGCAUUCUUGGCUGGGAUCCCUGUCUCCUCUAUGCACAUGCCUGUAUGAACGUGUCGCUCGACCUCGCAACUGUGUUCACCAUGCUCGACAACUCGGUUGCAUCGCUCGUGUCUCGCGAGUCGCAGCCGACAGCACUGCGCGUCGAGUCGUUCUACAAGGACAAGGUGCACGAAGCGCUCGCGCCCACCGAUGCCGUGAUGGAGCACGAGUUUCGCAGUGUCCAGGCGUACGUCAUGCACUCGGCCUACGAUGCGUGCCAUGCUUUGCGCGCGAUUCGACCCAACUUUUGCGAGCAGAGCCAAGCCGACUAUAGCACGCUGAGCGCGCCGCGCGCUGGCAUUGGCCGCGUCUCGCAGCACAUUCAAAAACGAUUUGCUUUGGCUCUUGCCGCCUUGGAUAGCUCGACGCAGGUGGCUGAGAUGGUUGUGAUUGAGAGCGGCGCUGACUUUCGGCCGUGGAUUGGUGGCAUGGCGAUUGUUCGCCCGCGUAACUUUGACAUUGUCACGCUCCUCCGCGUUCGCAACUGCUCGACGCCAAGGGCGUGUACCACCGUGUCGGUCGACGACUACCGGUACGAAGGCGGCCUUCUCAACACCAACACUGUCAAUACGUACCGCGCCGUGCGAUGUCUUCGCUUUGUGGGCCAACUGUACAACAUUAUUCGCGUCGGCGUCUUGUUUUACGGCUGCUACCUCGCGGCGUCGCGCCGAUAUCGCCCCGCGCUCGGCUGCUUUCUUCGGAUCCCGGCCCAAGUCAUCAUCUACGGCAGUUGGUUUCCCGUCCUUCUCUUUGCGAUGGCGCACGCGAUGGACGCGCCGUUCGUGUACCUGCUCGUGUACCGUGCAUUUUCCAGUGUCAACGGCAAUCUGGUCAUCACGACCGAUUACAUUUACUUUGUGCUGACGAUGCUGUCGUGCCACAUGCGCAACGUGUGGGUGCUCAGCCUCUUGACCAAAGGGCUAUUGCUCGCAGCGCGCGACCACCGUCGGGGCCAAGCGAUCCUCGGCUUCCGCGGCUACGUCCUUCCGCUCGUGUCGUUUUGCUCGAUCGGCUUUGAGAUUCGCUUGCUCUCGAUCCGAAAUACAGACAUCGUCCGCCACGCAGCCAUGGCGCCGAGUGCAAACGUCGCAGCGAUUCGGUAUUUGCACACACUGCCGAGCAACGUGCGCUACUGGGGCCUUUUCUUGGACCUGCGCUGCCUCCUGAUGGCCUUUCUUUGUCUUCACAUUGCACUUCGGUUCCUGCGCGUCAAUGUCGUGCGCGCGCGGUCGCUUGUGCCGUACGCAGUGACGUCGUACUGCAGCAGCAGCAUGUUUAGCACGUCCUGGAACACGCUCUUUGUCGACAAGGACGCGUCGACGGUCUCGAUGCACAAGAUGGCGACGCAGUCGGCGGUCGCCAAUCUAUUGUACCCGAGCGGCGGCCGGCGACAGGCCGAACACGUGCUCAUGAACGUCGCGUGGAUGACCGACCCGAUCGAAUACAUGGCGCACGCGCUGUGGUGGACAUCGACUGUGUUUGUGUACAAGGACAGCCGGUCCGGCUGCGUCUACUACCAUCCCCUGAGCUUGCAAGAGCUGCGGACGCACGACGACGACGAGAUGGAUAACAUCCUCAGCGUCGUUCGCAAAGACACGCUGCUCUCGCUCCGCUGGAGCGACCGGAUCUACACGUGCUAGCCAUCGAGUUCAAUCGUUAUAACAGUCUAGUCACGUGCGAACGAAUCGAGUUCAAUCGUUAUACUA